AUGGUGAAUCCACAUGUGAGUCUCAUAUUAUGUUUCGAAAAGUGUUCUCUAUCUUCAAUCAAGGUGGAAAUAACAAAAACUGGGCGUGUUGUGAAGGGACAACCAGAGUAUGAAGUUGCAUUUAGUGUCAAUGACGACUGCCCAUGCGUUGAAGUUCAGGUUGUAGUAGGAUGCAAUGGAUUCAAUAGUGUUGAGCCGAUUGACCCUUUCAUUAUUAAGAAAGACGAUUCUGUGGGUGGAUGCUUGUUGAAAAAUGGCGGAUCACUUUUUCAAGAGGAGCCACUCAAGUUUAAGUUUGCAGGCCAAUUACCCACUGAUAAUUUCAAACCUAUAAGCUCUACGAUUGCCUGCUCUUAA